UGACUUUUGCACAAACCCAACUCGACGUGGUCAUCGAUUUCGCAUGCAAGCCUGCGCGGUUCGCACUGGCCAUAGGCUAUGUCCUCAAUUUUGCGACUUCUCAAUAGGCUACUGCCGUUCGCCACACCUGGCACUCCAGUCUAUCAAGAUGUGAUUCACCUCGGUGUCCUAGCAGUCUUAUUAUACUUCGCUCCACAAAUUCAAGAGAACCUUCAAAGAAGAAAUCGCAGGCUAGAUGAUGGUGUUCACGAUGAGCAGAUAGAUCAAGCACCCAAUUAUCAACGAAACGACGCGGAUGAGCCCAAUGGCAAUGAUGGAGUCCACGACACUCACCAGCCGGAGCGAGAGAAUGGCCAUGUCCCUCAUCCGAUCCAACCAAACGCUGGAGUCGCAGCAGAAGAAGACCCCAACGAACCCGGUCCAGCAAACCCCGCAGCCCGCAUGGCUCCAGCCCAACGCAACAUCGGCGCCAAGAAAGCUAAGUCACUCGCCAAAAAAGACCAAAGACGCGCCUACCACGAAUUCCAACGCUCUCAAGGUGAUGCCCAACGCGCCAAAGACGCAGAAGGCGCUGCAGAACGAGAAGCCGCUCAAGCUGCAGAAGUCGCGAGACGGAAAGCCACAGAAGCGAAGCUAGAAGAGAAAAAGGCCAAGGAGAGAGAAAAGCGAAGGGAGCAGGAACGCAGGGAACGAGAGGAGCAAAUUGCGUUGAGAGAACGAGCGAUUGAGUCUGUGAAGGAGGCCUUGGAAGAGAGGAGGAUGUGUAAUUUGUUUGAUGUGGGGAGGCAAAUUGGAGGGGAUUUUGAUGAGGUUUCUUUGGAGAACAUUUUGAAUGCGGUGGGCGUAACCGGGAAGAGUAAGGAUGGGACUGUUACUACAAUGGUGACUAGUACGGGAUGGGUGGUCAGAGUAAGGAAAGAGGAUAUGAAGAGGGCGUACGAGAACGCUGCGGAAUCCGGAGAGAAAGAGAUCGAUUGGGAAGGCUUUGGAGAAAUUUUGAGGAAGAGUUUGCUUGAGGCGAUCGAAUGA